GGAUUUGCUUCCCUCUCUCAAAGCGCCGCUAUUCUUUGAUGAUUGGGCAGCGGCAAACUUCAAAGUAAUAAAUCUUACUCCUGACUGGCUGGCGGCCCACCAAAGUCCUUAUCAAAUCCUAAGAAGUGAUCCUUCAGUCCUCAGAUAGUCGCAGGAUAUCUCGAGGAGAGGACGCGUCGGGGCUCCACUUUUCCAUGAGAAGACGGAGUUUUCUGUUAUUUUUGCAGAGCUCUCAUUCUUGGUGGUCGAGACUGUGGGAAAGAGGCAAAGGAGAAAGUUUUGCCAUGGCAGCAGUCGCCGUGCUGAGGAACGAGACUCUUCAGGCGUUUCUGCAGGACCGUACUCCGAACUCUUCGCCGGAGAACAGCAAGCACUCUCCCCUGGCACUUUUGGCAGCGACGUGUAACAGGAUCGGGCAUCACCACGGAUCCAGUCCCGCGGACUUCAUCCAAGUUCCCUACGACGCGACCCUUGGGUCGCCGUCGCGGAUUUUCCAUCCAUGGAGUAACGAGGCGAACCCUCAGUCCAGUGUCUCCAGUAAUUCCUCCUUCGGACUACCAUCCAAAUCCCAGCUGUCCUACAGCUCUCAGCACGAGCUCCCACUGACGCCCCCGGCGGACCCCGCGUACCCCUACGACUUUUCCCCCGUUAAGAUGCUGCCAUGCUCAAUGCAGUCGUUACAGUCCACUUGUCCUCCGACGUACGUCCCUGCCGUCACGUACGCAGCGCCAGCGUCCAUCCCGGCCGCGAUGCCCGGUUUUGUGCCGGGACAUUCAGGCCUGGUCCACCAGCAGCAGAGACAGUUAUCGCCAAGUCCGGGAGAGGACAUUCCGUGGUGGAGCCUCCAACAAGGCAACCAUGCUAGCCACCCUCCGUCCCUCGCGCCUCAUCGUUUCCCGCUCCAGAGGAGCUUGGUUCUUGGACACACGGACUUCGCGCAGUACCAGACCCAAAUCGCCGCCCUCCUGCACACCAAGUCUCCCCUCGCCGCCGCGCGACGCUGUCGCAGAUGCCGUUGCCCGAACUGCCAGUCUAACAGCUCGAGCGACGAGCCGGGCAAGAAGAAGCAGCACAUCUGCCACGUGCCCGGGUGCGGGAAGGUGUACGGCAAAACCUCGCACCUGAAGGCGCACCUGCGCUGGCACUCGGGCGAGAGGCCGUUCGUGUGCAACUGGCUCUUCUGUGGCAAGAGCUUCACGCGGUCGGACGAACUGCAGAGGCAUCUCAGGACACACACCGGGGAGAAGCGCUUCGUGUGUCCGGACUGCUGCAAGAGAUUCAUGAGGAGCGACCACUUGGCAAAACACGUUAAGACGCACCAGAGCAAGAAGAGCAAAGCCCAUGACAAGGCUGAGCACGUGAAACGGGAAGAGACGAGGCACAUAUAGAAGACAUGUCGGACUCGUGCAAUACAGAGAAGCGUGCCCGAGCAAAGGACGGGUGUCGGGUGGACAUUUGGCGUCUUCUUUUAGGGCUCACAGAGACGUACUGCGUUGGCAGAUCAUUUAAUGGACGUGUAAAUACGAGUCUCAGUCCUCGCAGGGACUCUGAAAACGCCCCGCAUGCCUGUGCGGAGUUCUAACAAGUUCUGAACUUGUGUUAAGAUCUGUCUUCGGUGGAAGACCUCGCAGAAUUGUACAAAAAAAAAUCUAUAUUUAACAGCUUUUGUUGAAAGUGUCAGUUUUCGCUCCUUGUGGGGUGUUUUAGCAUGCUAUUGGAAACAAAAUGUUAAAAAAUGCUGUGUGAAAAUAAAGAAUAUUCUUCAUCCGCUUAUAGCUGGUGGCAUAAGUCGCAGGUGAGCCGUAGUAAACCGAAUUUAAGGCCGUGGUUGUUUCAGCAGACUCUUAAAGUAAUGUUGCCGUCCAAAAAACUAUAUUGAAAUUUUAUAUGGCAAAUUGUUUGACAUCGCGCAUUUCUGAAGAGGAAAUAGAUAUCAGAUAUUAUUUAUUUAAGUACAACUUAUUCAGUAACACUUGAAUGAUGUGGACAGUUGUGGCUUCUGAACCUUGAAUAAGUCACUUUUUAAGCAAAGGUGAAUAUGCAUAAUAGCUGAUUUGUUUA